UUUUAAAUUCUAUUCCGAUCCUCGUUGAAGCGCGCGCGAUCGUUGGAACGAUCUCUCGUUUGUGUUCGAGACCCAACCAUGAAAGAACCAUCUCGUUGUGUUUCCCUCGUAGAUGGACGGUCGACGUGGUUCGGCUGUUCCCGGCUGUUCCCGGCUGUGUUCGGUCGACAGGCCUCCUGGUCGACCCCGGACGACCCAUGGCGAUGGUAGCACACAACUGGUUGUGGCUUUCACGAGGCAGACACGCCGCGCGCUCUCCAUGAACACGUUCCGCUCCGCUCUCACCAUUCCGUGCCGUUUCGUUUCAUCGAUUUCCGUCGUACGCGCGCGUCGUAUUACUCGCGCGACGCGCGGCGAGGCGUAUCGUAAAACCGAGACAGUUUCUUAAAGCGCGUGUUCUCCUCGUGUGGGAGUGUCCCUCGGUCGCGCAUCACACGCACCGCGUGUAUCACGCGAGCUGUCAAAGGGAGUUCCUUCAGAAGAGCGGCCGAUGAGUUUCGCGCGCCGCACGCUCGCGUAAGAAAAUAAAAAAAAAAAAAAAAAAUAAAAAAAAAAAGAGCCGCGCGUUCUCCGUGUUGGCGCUCUCGGUGUUAUCACGUGAAUCCGCGGGAUUUGCGAAGUCGCGCGAAAUAUGAACGACGCCUAACGAUUAUUUUGCCGGUAGUGCGGAUGUAGUCGCGUUGUCGUCGUCGUCGUCGUCGUCGUCGGUGUAAAUAUACGCGAGUCGCAGACGUCACGUGGCGGCCACGAUGCUCUGGAAACUGGCGUUGCUUCUGAUCGCCGUGCAACCGGCCAUAAGUCACUUCAAUCUAUUUCUCAGUUACAUGGAGGUCCGCAAGUUAAUGGGACUGCCGGAAGCGCAGUUGUUUUACGUGAGGGAAGGUGUUGUAAACGAAUACGCCAUGAAGUUUGUUGUUCCUGUAUCGCCGACCAUACACAAGCUCCAUUUCAUAUGGGAAAAUCUCGCCGGUAGACCGUUGCCGUACAUUAUGGCCGUGGACAUCAGCAAUCCGUCGGUUCUGAGCACCUCGUUGAACAUUUCUCAAACCGGCGACAUACCCGUCGGCCGUCAGCAAACGUGGGCCCUGUCGCUGCACUGCGGACCAUACGACGCGGAAGUCGAUCUCACGCUCCGGAUAAACGUCACCCUGUCGACGAGAAACAUCACCAAUCUGGAGUUCAAGCGCAAGAAGAUCUGUCUGAAGGACAAGAGCUACACCCGACAGCCCGAGGAGGUUCUGGUCGCCGCCUCGGACUACACCACCGGCGGCGAGAUCUUUUACACGGCGAUCGGUUGCGCGCUCGCUUUUAUCAUGCUCAUUAUCGUCUUCGUCGUCUCUUACUACGCUCGGUCUUCCUACAAGAAGACCGGAAGACAUCGAGAUCCCCUUCAAGAAUCCAGAGGUCUCAGCUCGGCGUGCAGCAUAGAAAGAGGCACCGGUGUGGGACCCGCGCAAACGUUUUUGUCGCCGGAAACACCUCCACCUACGUCCGCCGCAUCGGGAUCGUCCUACAGGAGAUUCGACGAUCGUCCUAGCAGAGAGUUGCACGAAAGGAUACAGGAAAUCACCGUGCAAAGAUGCAGAGUGCGUCUUCUCAGUGUCGAGUUGGAAGGAACGUUCGGACGCGUGUACAGGGGUAGUUAUCACGAGGAGGGUGCUCUGGCUCCGAGAGAUGUGCUUGUAAAAACUGCCGCCGAGCACGCGUCACAAUCUCAAGUGGCUCUUCUUCUGCGAGAAGGUUUAGCUCUCUACGGGCUAAGUCAUCCAGCGUUGCUUCCAGUCCUCGGUGUUUCGAUCGAGGACAGAAGCGCGCCGUUUCUGCUGUAUCCGCACACGGGCUACAGAAACAUGAAGAGAUUCUUGGUAAAAUGCAAGUCAAGUAGCGAAGGUCCUCCGAGGGCUCUUACCACGCAAGAAGUCGUCGAAAUGGCGCUACAAGCUGCCAAAGGUGUACAGUAUCUUCACAGAAAGAGGCUUAUUCACAAAGAUCUGGCCGCGAGAAAUUGCGUUGUUGACGACGACUUGAGGGUACAGAUCACGGAUAAUGCUCUGGCUAGAGAUCUGUUCCCGCAAGACUAUCACUGCCUCGGCGACAACGAGAAUCGUCCCAUCAAGUGGCUAGCGAUAGAGAGUUUACUCAACAAAACGUUUACCACAGCUUCCGAUGUCUGGGCAUUUGGUGUUUUAUUAUGGGAGUUGACGACACUAGCGCAACAGCCUUACGUAGAAGUGGAUCCCUUCGAAAUGGCGUCCUACCUCAGAGACGGUUACAGACUGGCGCAGCCGAUAAACUGUCCGGAUGAGCUGUUCGCAGUGAUGGCGUAUUGCUGGGCCAUGUCGGCCGAGGAGAGACCGACGUUUAGUCAAUUAAUUAUCUGCUUGCAAGACUUUCACACUCAAUUAACGCGAUAUGUUUAAUUGAACAUGUCGAGUAUCGAAAGACUUUUUUUUUUUUUUAAGUGUUUUGAAUUGCAUUUCGGUAUGCAAUUAGUCCAAAAAGCGUCUCUGCACAUUUUACUACACUUUUAAUAUUUUAUAUAAUUGUGUAAUAACACGUCAUGUCAUAUCAUGCAUUAUAUAUGUUAUGCAUUUAAUAUAAAAAAAAUAAUUUUUUUUCUUUUAAUAUUAUCUGAAUGAGAGAUGUUGUAUAAUACAGUACGUUUAAAAUUAAAACUUUUGUAAAAAUAUAAUGCACGGAGACACUUUUUGUAUUAUCGAGCGACGAAUUUCAUUCGAAUAUCAAAAUAUGGCGCCAAUGUGAAGGAAAAUGUUUGUACAUAUACUGUUUUAGUACUUAAAUUAAUUAAUUUGUACAACUUGAUACUUCAUAGAAGUCAUGUACAGAUAAUCGAUUUUAGCGUAUAAUAUAUAUAUAUGUAUAUUGCUUGUUCAACUUUGCAAUUGCCAAACUUCAGAAUAAUUUAAUAUUGCUGUGUGAUAUCACUAAUUGUAUAAAUGUGAAUUGUAUUUCUAUAGACAUAAAUACGUAUAUCGUCAACAAUAUCACAAAUAACGGAGAGUUCCGUUGCGUAAAAAAAAGAAAAAAAAUACGAAAAAAAAAAUACAGUUUUUCCUCAAACGUUUUUACGAUCUUACACGUAGGAUAAAAAAAUUCAAUUUCGAAAAAUAUUUCUUAAAACUAGUGAAACAAAUGCGCGCGUUAAUUAUUCGCGCGAUUCGCAAUUCGCUCGCUAGUAAUUCACGAAAAACUCGUUUCUGUGAAUACACGAACUUUUUUCGCAAUUUACGACUGAUCUGGCAUCGACUUUAGAAAUAACGUCUACAUCUACGAGACACUUUUUAUAGUGAAUAAACACAUUAUUAUUAUAAAAAAAUCCCGUGAAUGUGACUCGUACUGUAAAAGUUAAGACUGAAAUUCAAUUAACGUCGCGCCGCACGUGUUUAGGCGCUCGACUGUUCGACGUAACGUCGCCCAGUGUGAUUACCAAAACCGGUAAGCGUGUGCGUCCAUUGUGCACUGCCAAUUCCGUUUUCGGAAACCUGUGUCACCGGUAGAGAAAGCGGCGAAAAAACGAAAAAGAAGGAGAAAACCUCUCCCCGACGAAUCUAAGCCAUGUGAUACGGCGCUUUGCUUGCCCACGUGUGUGUAUGUUUUGUGCCAAUAUUCGUUUUUUGUAAGUUUGUAUAUAAUAAUAUUGUUGCGGAAUGCACAUUAUGUGUCGAUACUCGGUAGCGAGAAAUGAAACGGUUUGAUCGAUCGAUCGAUCGACGAGAGAAGCAACUGUUUGACAGAAGAAUAAAUGGCAACACUUUGUUAAUUAGAGUUCGAGCGACAGAUUCGAAUCAGAAUUUUCUCUUAAACGUUCAAACAGUUCCGAUCCCUAUUUCAAUCUGUCGCUCGAGCUCUGCAACAACGCUCUGUCAUUUAUUUUUGGUUCAAGCAGUUGCCACUCUCGUCGAUCGAUCGAACUGUCAUUUCUUGUUCGACACAAAGUGACGUUCCGCGCCAUCUGUAUAUUUAAAUAUUACAAUUACAAGAAAAGAGCAUCGCGUUCCAUAUCACACGAGUAUACGAGCCGCGCGUCACGCCUAAAUUAAAGAGAAUUCUGUGUACAUAAUUUGACGUGUAGCAUAAGAGAUAUUAUAAAUGUACAAAACCGCGGGCGUUACGAGCGAUAAAUAAAGAAAAAAAAAAAACUUUCUGUCUAUA